AUGGGAAGUGUAAGAGCCCACCGCUACAGCAUAGUUUCAUCAGAGGAAGGCGGUAUGAAGUUGUCGCCCAUCGCCAUGCAAAAUGGCUACGGUAAUGGAAAAGUGGGAGGCAAAGUGCCCACGGAACAUCCAACGCAGAGCCGCUUCGUAAACAAGGACGGACGCUGCAACGUGCAGUUUAUCAACAUGAGACAGAAAGGUCAACGUUACCUGGCCGACAUCUUCACGACGUGCGUUGACAUUCGCUGGCGUUGGAUGAUGGUCAUCUUUUGUCUCUCCUUCCUGCUGUCUUGGCUUCUCUUUGGAGUCAUUUUCUGGCUCGUCGCGCUUUGGUCAGGCGACUUGGAAAAUCAAGAGCAGAUAUGCAUUUCAAACGUGGACAGUUUCAUGGCCGCGUUCCUGUUUUCCGUGGAGACGCAGACGACUAUCGGAUACGGUUAUCGCUACGUGACGGAGGAGUGCCCCUUAGCUGUCUUCAUGGUGGUCUUCCAGAGCAUUUUUGGAUGCAUUAUUGACGCUUUCAUCAUCGGUGCAGUCAUGACCAAGAUGGCCAAGCCCAAGAAACGAAACGAAACCCUUGUGUUCAGUUAUUAUGCCACCAUAGCCAUGCGGGACGGCAAGUUGUGUCUGAUGUGGAGAGUGGGGAACCUCCGGAAGAGCCACCUGGUGGAAGCCCACGUUCGAGCCCACCUUCUCAAAUCUCGCACCACUGCGGAGGGCGAGUUCAUCCCGCUGGAUCAAAUAGACAUCGAUGUUGGGUUCGACACUGGUAUUGACCGUAUAUUUUUAGUGUCCCCAAUUACCAUCGUCCAUGAGAUUGAUGAGGACAGUCCAUUUUACGACCUGAGCAAACAGGAACUGGAAAGUUCCGAGCUGGAAAUAGUUGUCAUUUUGGAAGGCAUGGUGGAGGCUACCGCCAUGACCACUCAGUGUCGCAGCUCGUACGUGACAAGCGAAAUCUUGUGGGGCCAUCGGUUUGAGCCGGUUCUUUUCGAGGAGAAAAAUAUUUACAAGGUGGACUACUCACGGUUCGAGAACACCUAUGAGGUGCCCAGCACUCCGCAGUGCAACGCUAGAGAUUUGGCUGAAAAGAAGUUCAUUGGGUCGAGUUCGAACUCUUUUUGUUAUGAGAAUGAAGUAGCCUUCAUGGAUAAAGAGGAUUCAGAGGAAGAUGAUGAUGAAGAGGAGCAGAGCAGCAUUAGGAGAGACAGUGUGGCCUUGAAGGGAUCCAAUGUUGAUGUGGUCACCGUUUCCAGUCAGGAUACCUUACCUUUACAAUUCACACCUUUAAGACAACAACCUGAAAUGUGA